AUGGACGACUCCGAGGUUUUUCUGCGUGCGCUGCUUCGGCAGCACCACGGGCAAGAGGCUGGCUGCAGCCUGCCGCAGCUGGCGGCCUCGGCGCAGCCCCAGCCGUGGCAGCUGCCCACGCGGCAGUUGCAAAGCUCGCUCGGCCGAGAACAUCGUCCGCAGUUUUCUGCGGCAACCUCGAACCCCAGUCUGUUGAAUGCAGCUGCCGGGCGUUUGGCCUCCGGCGCUGCCGCGGAGCCGCGGGCGGUUGCCGAGGGGAUGGAGUCGCUCGCGCAGCCAGCGCGGCCUGGCGUGACCCCCGGCGCCGCCGCGUGGCGUCCCCCGCCGCGGCCUGGGGAUCUUCCGACCGUGCUGUCGUCGUCAACGCAUCUGCUAAGUGCGACAGACUGGCCUCAGGGGAAGGCGACUGCCUCGAACCCGCUUCUGGCGUCGCUCCUUCUCGCGCAGCACCGCGCGGCUUCGCCCCCGACCCCCGGACCACUCCCGCCCCAUGGCCAUUCUGCGUGGGCGCGAGUCAGAGCCUUGGGUACCCUAGAACGUCCUGCCUUCCCGUCUCCGGCUGCUGAGCGCCUCGGCAGUCUCACAGCAGCGGACGCGGCAGGCAAAGGCGCUGUGCGUUCUGCCGAGGGCGAGUUGAAGCAUGCCGGAGCUGGAGCGGCCCCCCCGCUAGCAAGCGCAGUCCCAUUCGGUGCCGAAACUCCUGCGCCGUUUACGGGGACCCCUACGAACCCAAGGAGCGCUCUGCCAGGUCUUCUUGCCAGCAUGGAACAACCCGGCACACGCGGGACGCCUGCAGGCCUCACUCCUGCGCAGCGGCAGAAUCUCGCUCAGCUGAUUCUUCUGCAAGAGCCUCUACGGCAGGCCAGCGGCUUGCCGCCUGCUGGGGGUAUCUUAAAGCCUCUGGCGGCACUUCAGCAGCGUCCGGAUCAGGCUCGGAGGGCGCCCAGCGAGUCGACUGCGACUGGCCUCAACCAGGGGUUGUCCCCGGGGCGGGUGUCCCCGCCGCUGACGCCGUUCGCCAGAGAACAACAGAAAGGAGGAGAUCCGCAGCAUGUUCCUCUCCCAGGGCUGGCAAAGGGCGACGACCUCGGGACAGGUUUGACGGUCGCUGAGUUCGCCUCUCGGCAGUGGCAGCUAGCCAUUCUGCAGCAUCGCCUUCUCUUGGCCACGCAGGCGCUGCAGAAGAUUAAUUUUGCAGGACUGCAUUCAAACCUGUGGCGUCAACAGCCUCCGGCACUGAGUAGAAUUUCAAGUGUCGCGGGUCAACCCACGAAACAAGGCGGCCUUUUAGGUGACCCGGAGGUAUUCUCGGCUGCGGCUGUGGCGAGUCUCCCCAGUGAAGGGCGUGCGUCUCCGCCGCUGUCGAAGCAGAGGAAGGCUGGCAAGGCGAAGACGCUCAGGGAGCAGCCCAGAGUCGGCGGGGGAGACUCGAGAGAAGCGGAGCUCAACAUCCGCGGAGGCGCGUCGGAGAUCGAGAGCCCGCUGCGCGCGCAGAUUUCGGCGCGCGCCGUCGCUUCCAAGCCGGCGAAACGAUCAGCCCCUCCCGUGUCCCUUGCGAAGAGAAAGCGACAGAGACAUGCCCUGGAAGUCUCCGAGCCCAUGCCUGCGCGAUCUCCCCCGCCAGAGAAGGAGGCUGCAGACUCAGCGGCGACAGCGGCCGCGGUUGCAGCGGCGGUCGCAGCGGCGGUCGCAGAGGCGUCAGCUGUGUCUCCGUCAGGCGAUGCCGAUUAUGGAGAUUUCGCGGGUUGGGUGCGGCGGUCAAUGCGGCCCUUGCGUCCUUCCUUUCGAGUUCAGUGUGAGGACUGCGGGGAGCGAACGAGUCACUGUCAGUGCCGCGCACGGGCCUCGCUGGCAGCUAAGGGCCAAAAGACCCGCCGGCGGGAGCCCUCGGCGGGAGGGUUCGCGGGCUGGAAGGCGUCGGUGGAUGCUGCUAACGCAGAGCAGUCAGAAGAAUGCGCUGAAGUGGAGGUGAUGAACCUGCUGAACAAAGCCAAGACAAGGCACACCGCAGUGACCUCGGAGGGCGCGCAGCGCUUCCCGGGCAGCGGGGACGGCGCGGGCCAAGACAAAGCCGAAGAAGAGCAAGGCUGUGACUCGGGCUGUUCCCCGUCUGCAUCGUCCUGGAGCACCGGCGUCGGCGCGCGGGCGUCGUUUUCAACGGCCUGCAGCACGUUGCCUUCUUUCUCGAGGGAGGUGGGGCCCGAGGGAAGCAGCGAAUGCGAUUCGCCGCCCUUGGUAAACGCGUCUACAGUUCGGCACCAGGCGGCGGCAGCCGAACCCCUACAUGGUCACGGCUCGCGCUGCGGAGACUCUCGGGAACGAACUGAGGCGAACGGGCGCACGACGACUCUCUCAGCAGCCAAGCGAACAGGGCGGCGUCUUGCGAAGUCGGGGCGAACGGUCGAUGCGGCGCGUGGGGACUGCCGCACGACGGCGAAGAAAGCCGGUGACGGCAAAGGGAAGCAGGCGUGGAAGGUGGAGAGCAGACUGGUCGCGCGUGCAAAGAGGGAAAGUCUAAGCUUGGCGGAGGCUCCAGGCGACAAGGCAGUCGUUCGCGUGAAGCCCAGCCAUACGCCCGAGAAGGGGGGAGCUGAGACCUCCGGUCGACCUCGGCAGGGGACCAGAGAGGAAGACGCUGAAGAGAAUGAGCACUGCGUGCGUCUCUUUUCUCCGUUCUUCGCCGACCUCCGAGGCAUCGGAGACUUCCGCAGGCUCCAGGUUCACGCACAGGCUCCCACAGAAGGCGGCAAAGAGGACAGCCGGGCGGCUCGCGCCGUCGGCGAUUCCUCCGCCGCAGACGGCCCCGCGGCGAGGGCGAGCCCGCCGGCGGUUCCCGCGCUGCUGUGGGGAAGCUGGAAACCGCGGUGUGCGCUGGAGGAAGAGGAGGAGAAGGAGGUGCGUCUUGACACGCUGACCGAGGCGUAUCACAAAGCUGUCCGCGUCACCUGCCAGCAGGGCGCUUUUCUCCUCACGGCCGUCGGGUCGCGGGCCUUAGCAGCUGCCGCUGCCGUCGCGGGGGCGACGAAGACCCUCGACGACGCGGAGGAGGAGUCGCGCGAGAAGGAGAAGGGAAAACCGGCGGGGGUUCGCUGUGUCCUCCUUUCUCGGGAUUUCCCAGCCAUCGAGCAGCCCUUCUCUCGACGUCAACAAGCGCACUGUGCCCGCGGUGACGCUUUAAGUCAGGCUGUGGCGGAGGGAGGGACAGUGAGCGAGAAGGUGAAGGCGAAGAAAGAGAGGCACGGCGAGGACAGCGACACAAACGCGGACGCCUGCAGAGGGAGCGACAGCGAAAGUGCGAAGCGCCCAGCUGGCGAGGGCGCUGCAGUCGCCUGCGAGGCGCAGCCGGAGAGCCGCACGCAUGUGAAGCCCGACGCAUGCAGAGAAGCGGAAAAUGCAGACGAAACGGAGACGGGCGAAGCAGAAGAAAGGGACAGCGCAGACCAGGAGCGUGCGGGAUUGCCGAGGUCUUCUAAGGAUACCUCGAGUGCGAGGCAGACAGCAGACGAGAAGACUACCCCCUUGGGAUAUGGCGACGAAGAUGCAGAUGCCGACCGACAGACGCCUUCCAUGUGUCUGGACUCAGGGAUAGAGACGAACCUGUACCAGGCGCUGUCGCAGGACGCCUUCUGCAUGGUGACCGCUGAGCGCCAAACUGACAGUGCCCAGGAUCUCCUGUCGUCUCCUGCAGAAGAUGAAGAGCUGGAGACCCCUUGCGGCCUUGCGUUCUGCCGACUUCCUGCCCUGUCGGAGCUGGAAGGUCCCAGUCCCUCGCCGUCGCUUUCUCCUCGCUCAACCUCGCCGUCACCUACCGCGACUGCGAGUUCACCUCGCCCACACGCGGCGCUGCUGGCUCUGUCGUGGUGCGUCCAGGUGUCUGUCAACCGCGAAACGUUGAAGGCGCUUCUGAUGGCCGCGGGGUGCUCGCUCUUUGCGUGCUCAUCUUUCGAGGGAUUCUUUUUUUUCAGACCCGGCAAGCUGCCGUCUGCGCGGGCCGCUUCGCGCGACCGCGCGUUUUCGUCUCUCGCCGCCUGCUCCGUUCCAUCUUCCGGGAAAGCGGAGUUCGAAGAGUCUCCAGAAGACCGCGCAGAGAGGGCGAACCUGCUGGCCGCGAAUGAGCACGCUCUGCACGUCUGCGGAGCUCUCUGGUCGAUGCUGAAAGAGUGCGGCGGCGUGUCAUGCUCGGCGCCCCUGCCCAAGAAGCACCGCGACGCCUUUCUGCGUCUGAGAGAAGCUGCGCGCGCUUUCUGUAGACGGUCUUUCCCGCAUUCGGAGUCUGGCUCUUCCUCCUCAUCCCCCCCGUCUUCCUCUCUGCCGCCAUUCCCCUCUUUGUCGUCCUCUCGAGUGCCUCUCUCUCUCUCUCUUGCGGCGGCAGCGUCCUGCCAGGCAAUGGCUAGCGCGGUCGCGCUCUCGCUUGGUGCUGAGGGCAAGUGGCUCUACGUGUCCCGCGAGGCGUGGAUUCAACGUCUCCUCGCUUCUUGUCAAAUUUCGAAGCUCCACUUCUCACCCGGAAUCGUGCACACUUCAAUUCGAACCUGUCAGCUUGUGCGCGACGGCGUGGAGCUGCUUUCCAGCGUGAUUGACGCAGACGGUCUCGGCUCGCUGCGUGUCGAGAUUCUUCACCACUUUCGCCUCCUCAUGGAUCGCGUCCUCGCCAUCUAUCCGCACUGGCCGACAGUCCCGCCUGCGUCUUCUCUGUUCAAAUACAACGGGAUCGCCUGCAGGAACUCGCCGCUGCGCGUCGAUGUGAAUCUGUCAGAGCCUCACUGGGAGUGGGCUGACGGCGAACUGCGUCGCUUGCACCUUCGGCUGCAGCAGCGCGUCUUGCAUCUCACCCGCGUCGCUGGAGCUCACAUUGGCAGGCGGUUCGGAAGCUGGCGCAGGCCUUCCUCCGCUGCCUCUGGCGCGGCCGCGGCCUCGGCUCCUUCUUCGCCUGCCGCUUCGCCUUCUCCGCGCGGGUCUCCGCCGCAGCCGCCGGCUCGUCGGGUCGGCCUUUUCGACACGCGGCAGGAGUCCGUGCAGGGCGUGGGGGGCCGAGGGCAGACCCUCAAUCAAGACGGGGAAGAAACAGAACGAGACGGCGAGCAAACCGCAGAGGAGGAAGAGGAGGGGGGCGUCAGAGAGGGCGUGUGGCGGGCGAUCACCUUUGGGUACAUCAUCUCCAUUGGGCCGCAUACGAACGACCAGAAGGUUCACCACGACUAUCACCAGGAAGCGUUCGAGCGAAGCAUCGUGAAUGCCUUCUUCCCUCUCGUGGACAUCUCGCCCGAGCACUCCGCGACGACGUUCAUCAUCUCGGGACAAAAGAUUCAGUCCUGCGCCGCGGCAGGCGACAUGAUUCUGAUGGACAACACUGUGCGGCACUACGGCUCCCAGCACCCUGCGUCGACUAUUCGGCCGCUGAUCUACUGCUCGCUCGCCGAUCGUCGCAUCACGCGAACCCGCGAACCGGUCGGCAAGAAGACGCAUUUCUACAACUGGCACCAGUACCCGCGGCUGCCGGUGCGCGCGGAGCCGAAGCGAGAAAGAGAGCGGAAGGAGGCAGGCAGCGAAGAGCGAGCGGGAGAAGCAGGCGGCGACGGCGCAAGGACGCAGCGCCACGGCGAAGCAAAGGAAGAUGAUGCGGAGGGCGAAAAAGACCCGGAAAAGAGCCAAGUGGAAAGAGGCGUCGAGGAGACCGAAGGCGGAAGACAACCAGAAGGCGCAAGCGGGGUCGAUGGCCAGAAAGGAGCGAUGGAAGUGACAGGGGAAGCGGAUGGCGGCAAGGAGAGCAGCGGCGGCGACGAGAGGGAGAUAACGAAAGUAGAGGCAGAAACCAGCGAAGCAGGGACUGCAGGGGGUGCGAAGGAGACGCCCACCGACAGAGAGACGCCAGACGUUCCCCUUUAUCUUCAGAGAAUUCUGGCGUACCGCCGGUCGCUCGGUGUGCGUGAGUGA